AUGGAGAAGGGGAAGGAUAAUUUUCCUUCAACAUUUACUGUGGCUACGUUUAGUUCUACAGCAACUUUAAAUAAGAAUGAACCUGUAAAGGUUCCCAUUGACUCGGAACUAAUUAAGGAAUAUAAUCAGUAUGAACACAGAGAACUUGAACAUCCCAAUACGUUUAGUGGAGCCUUUAUCCAUUUGGUCAAAAGCUCUCUUGGAACUGGAAUUUUGGCUAUGCCAAGAGCUUUUAAAGCUGCUGGAUUAGCGGUAGGAUUUUUUGGAACACUUUUCGUUGGUUUCCUAUGUACUCAUACAGUACACAUUUUGGUAUCAGCGUCACAAAAAAUGUGUGUAAAGACUAAAACGCCGAGUAUGGGAUAUGCUGAAACUGCUGAAGCGGUCUUUCAAAAUGGUCCUAGAAAAUUACGAAAAUUUUCUGGUGUUGCUAGGAAUUUUUCGGAUAUUGCUCUCGCCUUAACUUAUGCUGCAGGAACAGCGGUGUAUAUCGUGUUUAUAUCAGAAUCUCUUCAAAAGCUAGUAAAAGUAUACUACGAACCAGCUGGUGAAGACGUUUGGAGUCUUUAUUUUAAACUUAUGAUUCUUGGACCUCUAAUUCUCUUUUGCCAAGUAAGAGAAUUGAAGCACCUCGUACCAUUCUCUUUUAUUGCUAACAUCACUAUGUGUGUCGCAUUUGCAAUUACUCUGUAUUAUACUUUCGUGAAAAUUCCAAAAGUGAGCAUCAAAGAAAGGAAUUUAGUAACCACCUGGUCCGGAUUGCCUUCGUUCUUCAGUACUGUCAUAUUUGCCAUGGAAGGUAUAGGUACUAUUAUGCCUGUUGAAAAUUCCAUGAUUACUCCCCAAUUUUUGGGAUGUCCUGGUGUUCUAAAUAUGGGUAUGGCAAUUAUAGUUACAUUUUUUGCCAGCUUGGGUUGUUUUGGAUAUUAUGCAUUUGGUGAUGAAACGGCGGCUACGAUUACGCAAAAUUUACCCAAUGAAGAACUACUGGCUCAACUAGUUCAAGCAGCAAUCUCAUCGGCAGUAUUCUUCACUUUUAUGUUGCAGUUCUAUGUGCCAACCGAAACCAUAUGGAAAAAAGUUAAACCCUACGUUUCAGAAGAACGACACAACAUCGGUCAAAUUAUCACUAGAACAGUACUUGUGGUAUUUAUCUUUGCAAUAGCAGCUGCAGCUGGACAUCACCUCGACGCUCUUAUAGACUUAGCUGGUGCUAUUUUCUUAUCAACAUUAGGGUUUCUGAUUCCCGCUGUAUUAGAUACUAUAGUUAAUUGGGACGACUUAGGGAAGUUUAAUUACAUUUUAAUAAAAAAUAUGCUAAUUUGUACAUUUUCAAUAUUCGGUCUAGUGUCCGGUACCAUAUCUGCACUCCAUGAGUUCACCCAAUGA